AUGCGUCUCCUUAAUACAGCUACACGCAAACUGGAACAAUUCUUCGGGGACAAGAUCCCGCAGUAUGCGAUCCUUUCGCAUACCUGGGGAGAGGAUGAAGUAUCCCUCCAGGAUCUUGAGAGGGUCGACACGGAACUAAAGGCGGGAUACCAAAAGAUCAAAAACACCUGCUCUCUGGCCGCAGCUCACGGAUUCGACUAUGUCUGGAUCGAUACUUGCUGUAUUGACAAGACAAGCAGCGCCGAGCUUUCAGAAGCUAUUAACUCUAUGUAUCGCUGGUAUGAAGGAUCCGGGCUAUGCUACGCCUACCUUGAGGAUGUAUCGUCGAGACCGUUCAAUCGAGCCUUCGAACUUUGGCAAAGCAGAUGGUUUACCCGAGGAUGGACCCUACAGGAGCUUAUUGCUCCUGCAAUUGUACUAUUUCUCAGCAAGGAAUGGGAAGAAAUAGGGACUAAAUCAAGCCUGCGAAAAUAUAUCCAGAAAAUCACCCGUGUACCGAUCAACAUUCUCGAGGGAGAUGAUCUUGAAUCGGCCAGUGUCGCACAACGAAUGUCAUGGGCAGCAGAGAGGCAAACGACAAGGGUUGAAGACAUCGCCUAUUGUUUAAUGGGUAUCUUUGACGUGAACAUGCCCCUUCUGUAUGGAGAAGGAGAUAGGGCUUUUAGGCGGCUUCAAGAGGAAAUUAUGAAGGUCUCAGAUGACCAGAGCCUCUUCGCUUGGGACACCAAGUGGAGACGUCCUUGUUUUCUUGCUCCCUCGCCACGCUUUUUCUACGAAGUCGGCGAUAUUGUCCCCUUAAGGACUUCUAGCGGGGCCAUCUCAAUGAACAAUGAAGGAAUUCAUUUGAAGGUCUCAAUGGGGUUUGAGGGGUAUGCCAUCCUUCAGUGUGCAAAAAAGGAUCGUCGAGUGGCAGUUCCUGUACAAUCUAUACUCGGAAAAGAGGGGCAUUUCAAGAGAGGAUGCGCGAGGUCCCUGAAGUUUCUGGAUUCAAGUGAGCUCAAAAAUGUUCAACUUUCCACGAAAACCAUUUGCAUGCAAGCAGAGCGCUUAAGACCCCAGAGAGUCCGACCGCUUGUAGCAACUGCUGAAAACGGAAACAAAAUCGUGGUGGAAACACUGCUGGAGAAGGGUGUCCACACACGCUCUAAGGAUCAUGAACAUCGAAGGGCGCUAUUGCGGGCGGCUGAGAAUGGACAUGACGCGAUCGUUGAACUACUCCUCGAGGAUUGCGCCGGUCUAUAUACUCAGAAUGAUCUCAAUGAGAUACUAAUGCAUCUGGUAACGAAGGACGGACACCAUGCAGCAGUCAAAUUACUACUCAAGAAUGGCGCCGACCCAGGUACUCGGGUCUCUAUAACCCAACUUCUACUAACGCGGGCAGCGAUCAACGGAAACGAGGCAGUAGUCAAAUUACUACUCAAGAAUGGAGCCUACCCACACAUUCGAGAUUAUUGA